AUGAAUGGACUUAUCAGAUGUAAGGGUAGGAUCUCAAAUGCAGACCUUGAAGAAUAUUGCAAGUUCCCUAUACUUCUACCAAAGAACGAUUUAUUUACUCAACUGCUCAUAGAAGAGUGUCACUGUAAGAUUUUUCACAUGGGAGUGCAACAAACUCUCUCGGAACUUCGGAAAUCCUUUUGGAUAAUCCAUGGCAGAGCUGAAGUCAACAGAGUUUUGCGAAAAUGUUUGAAAUGUUUAAAAUACGAAGGUGGACCAUACAAGCUGCCCCAAAUACCCUCGCUUCCAACAGAACGGGUGACUGAAAGUAUACCUUUCCAAUUUACAGGACUUGACUACUUUGGCCCUCUCUACAUUAAAUCCUUUCAAGCUUCUAGAGUUGAAGUUUCAAAAGUUUACGGUUGCAUAUUCACCUGUUUAGUCACGAGAGCUGUUCAUUUAGAGAUCACCAAUAACUUGUCGUCAGAAGAAUUCUUACUAUCUCUCAGGAGGUUUGUGGGAAGAAGAGGUACUCCGAAGAAGAUUUACUUGGACAACGCUACUCAGUUUAAGAGGGCUUCCUCGUUCUUGAAUGAUAUGUUUGUUGAACAUCUCGCUACACCAGAAUUACUGUCUUAUGUAAGUGAAAACCACAUCGAAUUUACUUACAUCCCAGAGUUUGCACCUUGGAUGGGAGGAAUGUACGAGAGGUUGAUAUCUUUGAUAAAGAGAUGUUUAAGAAAGAGUAUUGGUUCAGUUACUCUGACUAAAUCACAACUCGACACUGUGAUGAUUGAAAUAGAAGCUGUUGUCAACUCAAGACCACUAGUUUAUGUAUCUUCCUCAGAUCAAAGUUUGACUGACUUUAUUAUAACUCCUGGCCACUUCCUUAAUUUCCAUGGAAAAAAAUGGUUUUGUAAAUAG